AUGACAGUCAAGCUCGACUACGACUACAUCGAAGAAAAUUUAAUUCUUCAAGAUCUCACAUGUGCUCUCUGUACUGAUCCACUACUUGAACCGGUUUGUGCUCAACAAUGUGGCCACACGUAUUGUCGUGCAUGUAUAACGGCUAGUUUUCGUCGAAAAUCCGAAUGUCCUACAUGUCGAUUAGUGUUGACACUCGACGAUUUUCAUCCUGUUUAUACUCGGUCGUUCCUGAAUCAACUGAACCAACUGCUUGUUAAAUGUAAAUUCUGCUCAGAGGAGAAUAUUCAGCGUGGAAACUAUGAAGACCAUGCAAAAAUGUGCAGUAAGAAGCCUGUAUCGUGUGCGGCCGCCGAUCUGAACUGUCCGUGGACAGGGCGACAUAAUAAAUUAGAAGAACAUAUGAAGACAUGUCCACUAAUGCAAGUUCGGCCAAUGAUCGUCGAACUCAAAGAAAAAAUGAAAAGACAAACGGAACAGAUUCAAUUUCUUUAUACAAUGCUUGAGAAAAUAUCGGCUAAUCACCAAGAAACAUGUAAAGAGGAUUAUUCAGGCGAAGCCAUUUGUGAUGUAUGCGACGAGUCCUGUUCACAUAAUGGUUCUAAUAAUGGUCUGCAUUACUGCCCUCAAACAGAUAUUUGUCAGAAAUGCCUUAAUAAAUACCGUCCAUAG